AUGGCAUCCGUGGUGCACACAGCAAACACCAGCGGCGCUUUCGACGUGGCUGAAGAGGGAGCCGCUCAUGCGACUGCUCGAGAUGCCUUCGUGAUCAUGUCAACGCUUCUUACGCCUUCUGUGUCACGUGCGUACUUGGACUUGUGCUCGCAAAUCCUUCAAGAGCGACACAUUCGUGAUGUGUUUGAAGAGCGAUCGGUACAACACCGAUGUGGAUGGCCAAUGUGUCGCGAAUCCAUCGCGAAUCGGCGGCAACAAAAGUACCGCGUGUCCUUGGCCAAGCAUCAAGUGUACAACGCCCGCGAGGAACAGCAGUUCUGUGGUGCAGCAUGUCUCGAGGAGGCACGGCAGUAUGUCGCGUCGCUACCGAUCAAACCGCCUCAAAUGCUUCCAUCGCUUGUCCAGGUGUUUGGGACAUCCAAGCCCCAUCCAAAAGACUACGACGAUACCGAGGCACCAACAACUUCUCCGAACUCGCAUGCGCCUCUAGCGAAGCGUCCCAUUGUCGGUCCGUCUACCUCUUCUCGCAGAGGUCUUUCCAAAGGCCCAAAGGUCGUCUGGGCCAAACAACCUGGCAUGGGGGUCGUUGAAAAGCAAGUUCAAAUUGUUGAGAACACGGCGCCUCCACCAACCUCGACUGACUUUAGCCAGUCGAACGCGGUCCUCAUUGAAGGCUACGUGUUCCCUGUCCAUAAAGCGAAAAAAGCCACCAAGCUCGCCAAGCAGAUGCAGUCGGCAGGUCCCCCACUCGACACAUCGCAAGACGUAACUACAGAAUGCGCCGAGGAUGGAGAAGAGUUAACGUCCGACGAAGGCAGCAGCUCCGAGUCGUCGUAUGUCGACGACGACUCUUCCAGUGAAGACAGCGACGGCAACGUCGAUACGUUCAGUGCUGCCGACUUGUCUCCGUUUGCAGCGCUCUGGUGGAAGGUCAGUGAGAUGGUGACACCUACGACGCUGCAGUUGGUCGCGACAUGGCACGGCCAUGGCAAUGUAAACCCUGUCGACGCCCCUAUCGCAUCGUCCACCGACUUGGACAACCGUCGGCUCCUCUUCGGCACGUUUUGCAUGAAGCAAAUGCCCUCGGUCAUCCAAGCAUGUCAAAAGGAAUCCGAUGACCGAGGCCAGUCGCCACUUCUCACGAAUGAUCGCGGCGUGCAGAUGACCAUCAACGAUAUCGUCCAGACGCUUCAUUUGCGCCAGCCGAUCGAAGGCACGCGGGUGCUAGAGUGGAAUGCCAUGUGCCUGUUGCUGUUGCUCGUGGUGCACCGCCGAACGCCGACGACGUGGGAAGACGCGAUUUCUCCCGAGUCGCUGAAAACUCUCACUGGCCUCGACGUGUACGAGAUGCACCAACUGAUUGGAGUAUUCUGUGAAACCAUUCCAGUUUAUGUCUUGGCGGAUCAAAUGGAGGGACCUGCGUCCUCUAUCAAGGCGAACACGGCGGCAGACACCACCUCAACGGCGUCUGGAGCACAAUGCCGAAAGUGCCGCCACCGCACUUGUCAAUGCAAAUCAAAAGCAGCCAAAGGCGACGACUGGAGUGAAUUCUCCGACGCCGAAAUUGCCGCCAUGAUGCAGGAAUCCCUUCAGAUUCAAGAAAUGACCGAGUUUGGCGCGUUGGACUGAUCCAGGCAAUCAACGACAUUUGAAGGGUAUGCAACGAAUUCCUUUUGCAUCGGGUAACACCACGCAAGUGCCACUUUGGGGCGAAAUUUCAACACGUUUCGCCACUGUGAUCCAAAUGACAUAUAUCGUAUGCGACUUGACAACCCGCGACUCCUUCAAGGGCACUAGUGACGUAUCGUGGGACUGGCUUGGUCUAUAUUCGCGAAACAUUAUGCGAUGUACUGGUCAAACUGUCCCCAUCACAACAAACUAUGCUAACCUGGUUUCCUCUAAAGCAAGAAACGUUG